CGAGCAUGUGACGUACAUUAAAAUAAUAGCAGGUCCUAGUUGUGCAUUGUUUUUCGACGGCGGUGUUCUUUAAACUCUAAACAUUCCAAUUUGUUAACAGUGUUUUGGGAAUCCUAAUUUCGACCAUCGAGUUACGAGUCAGAUGGAGGCCAGUAACAGUGCACACAAUAAGUUGGUUUCGUUUUUUCAAGAGGGUAAAUUUGUGGACUGCACUUUCAAAAUCAAAGGUGAAGAAGUCAAAGCCCAUAAACUGAUCUUAGCAUGCGCCAGUCCCGUAUUCGAGAAGAUGUUCUUUGGGAGCAUGCCAUCGAACGAAAUAUUCCUCGACGAUGUGGAGUUGGAUGUAUUUAAUCAGAUGUUGGAUUACAUAUAUACAUACAAAACUAAAAUAACUUCUGUUACAAAUGGGUGGUCGUUGUUUUAUGUGGCUGAGAAAUACUUUAUAAAAGAGUUGAUGCAAUUAUGUCUGAGUUACAUAAUGAGCAACUUAACCAUGAGCACCUUAGCUUUAAGUUUUGAAUACUCCCAAUUUUAUAAUAUCCAUGACUUGAAGCAGCAUUGCUUCGAUUCUCUAGUGGAUUCAUUGAAUGCCGUGAUAUGCGGUGAGUACCACAUAAAACCGUCCACUUUGAGAGCUGCUUUAAAACAAAAUCAGUUGAUUAGCAAAGAGGCUCUCGCAUCCUUCAUAAUAGUGUGGGCAAUUGACGAGUGUCGUUUAAAAAAUAAAAAUCUCAGUCCGGAGAGUGUAGUGCAAAUUUUGAAAGAUGAAGAUAUCGUGAAGUAUAUUUACAAAGAUGGAGUCCUACCACUUUGCGAAUAUUGUUCGGUUGCCUUAACCAAGUGCCAAUGUGUGGACGAGGUCAUUUCGAAAAUAUUCAUAUUGUUAUCCAAAGAAGAGGUGUGCCAAGAAGAGCCUUUAAAGUUCCUGACAUUUGAUCCUAUGCCUUUACUUUGUCAAACGAAACCCAUAUUUAAAAUAGCUAGGCGAAUAGAUUUCUCGGAAGGGGAAGAAUUUGUGUCGAGCGUUUCCGCGGACAGUACUUUUUCGGUUUUUGGUUUGGUUUUAUGUACGGAAAUGAAGCGAGAGCAGACGGAGUGUGAAACGUACAUUGGUACCAUAGCGGUGAGAUUUUGUGAGUUGAAUUCUGACGAUAUCGUUAAACCUACGGUAGUGAGAUCGGAAUUCUUUUACAAUUCUGAAGUUUACGUGCCUUUGAAAUUUCCGGUAACGCUGGUCCCGGAAAAAAUGUACGACAUUCGAAUCUCGUAUAGGAACUUGGACUCGAAAUUUGUUUCAAGUGUCAUUUGCAGCUACAUGGGCAGCGAGUUAUCGAAUAAGUUUAGAAAUUCGUCGAGACUGUAUUUUUACGAUAUUUGCGGUACGAUUAUUAAAGGGGUUGCCUUCUAUCCCGAUUAGAACAAUAAAAAAUUGUUAUUUUGUGAUAUCUUUAGCGUUUUAAAUAAAUUUUAUAAAAAUG